GUCCUUCUAGGCUGCUGGAGCCUAACCCGGCUACUGAUGGGCGAACUAAGGCAGGAUACAUCCGGGACAGGUCGCCAGUCUGUCGCAGAUUUAAUUUGUAUUGAUUUAUUUUAUAUCAUUAAAAGGCAAAUUAAUUUGUUUUUUCAAAGCACUUUUGUUGACUUCAAAUCUUGAUGCUCAUAUAAUUACAAAAGCUGCUGUACAUAGAAGACAAGUAUCUAAUGUCGCCUCAGCAACGGCUUUGGUUGCUGGGCAACAGAAGCCACCUCUACUGACUGCGCAGGCGCAAAGGAUGUCAGCUGGGCCGCGAGCAGGGAUCAACAUGGCGGCUUCCACACGCGCCUUGAACAGAACGAUGGCACCGUCUUUGGUGGUGAUUUUGGGAGCAACUGGUACCGGAAAGUCCAAGCUGGCGAUUGAGAUCGGGAAAAGGCUCCAUGGAGAAAUCCUCAGCGCUGAUUCCAUGCAGGUGUACAAAGGUCUGGACAUCAUCACCAACAAAGUGAGCACAGAGGAGCGUGCCCAGUGCAGGCACCACAUGAUCAGCUUCGUGGACCCGCUGGUGAGCACCUACACCGUGGUGGAGUUCAGGAACAAAGCCCUUUCCCUGAUAGAGGACAUGCACAGCAGAGGCAAACUGCCGAUCAUCGUCGGAGGAACCAACUACUACAUCGAGUCUCUGCUGUGGAGGGUCUUGGUGGAUACAGGAGUGAAGGAGGACUUGACGGAGGAAGUCCCAGACAGGAAAAAGGAGCUGCUGAAAGUGGGAGGAGCUGAGCUGCACAAACGAUUGGCUCAGGUGGACCCCUCGAUGGCUGCCAUGCUGCACCCCAACGACAAGCGCAAGAUAGCCAGGAGUCUUCAAAUCCACAAGACGACGGGCAUCCCUCACAGCCGCUGGCUGGAGCAGCAGAGGGGGCAGGAGGGAGGAGGGGGGCUUGGGGGUCCUCUGAGGUACAGAGAUCCCUGCAUCUUCUGGCUGCAUGCAGAUAUGGAGGCUUUGGACAGACGGCUAGACGAUCGUGUGGAUGAGAUGCUGACAGCAGGACUGAUAGAGGAGCUCAGAGACUUCCAUGUCAGAUACAACCAGCAGAAGAUCCUGGAAGACAGUCAAGACUACCAACACGGGAUUUUCCAGUCGAUUGGUUUUAAGGAGUUCCACGAGUUCCUGACUGCGCCUGAAGGCAGCACCCCCCAGGAGAAAGAGGCUCUGCGAGAGAGAGGUAUCGAAGCUUUGAAAGUUGCAACGAAGCGCUACGCCCGCAAACAGAACAAAUGGGUUCGUAACCGCUUCCUUAAACGUCCAGGAGACGACGUCCCCGCUGUGUACGGCCUGAAUGCGACGGACUCGUCGAGGUGGGAGGAGGCGGUGCUGACCCCUGCACUGCAGAUCCUGGAGAGCCUCAGGAAGGGCGAGGAGCCACCAGUUGCACCAGUCAGAAUGGAGAGAGAAGAAGAGAACAACAAGCGAAGCUUCCACACCUGUGAUGUGUGUGACAAAGUCAUCAUCGGUGACCUUGAGUGGACAGCUCACCUGAAAUCCAGGAAGCAUUACUACCAUGUGAGGAAGAAGAGGAAGUCUGAUCCAGACUGCAGUGUUUCUGCAGAAGAAGCUUCCUGUCAUGACUGCUGCACUGCAGCCGCUCAGGACUCCACACACACCGCCGUUCCCGUCUCACUCUGAAAACUGCUGUCAGCUUCCCAACACCACUGUGGCUCAGGAAGCUUUAGAGACCUGCUGCAUCGGACAGACAGCUCAAGAAAUGUUUGAAGUUCCACCUUCAUUACAGUAUCAUCAUUAUUUAACUUUUCAGUUUCUAUGAAUUUGCUGGUUAAAGAAGUCUGUUGUGGAAUCACUGGAAGUAGACUGUUGUUUCUCUGCUUGCUGUUGACAGACUAAAGUAAACAGAAACGUGGACCAGCCAGUUUCACCUGUGUGGAUGCAGAUCAGUGCUGUUGCUCAAGUCCCACUCCAAUAAAAGUAGUUUUUAAGUA